UUGCAGAAGAUCAAUUGACAUGAUUCACGUCGAUGAAACGGAUCCCGUUGGAGAAAUCGAGCCACCAUUUUCAUAUCGGGAUGUCGCAAUCAAAAGAAAUACAGAUGUUAACGACUUCUACGAUAUGCUAUCGGAGAUCGGCAGGGGCAAAUUCGGCACGGUAUACCUCUGCCGAGAGAAAUCCACCGGCCUGGAAUUAGCAGCCAAACUGGUCUCCGUGAACAGGAGGGACGAGAGGCGCAAUGUGGAGCGCGAGGUCGACGUGAUGAGGCGGCUGCGGCAUCCGAGACUGAUCCAGCUGUACGACGCCUAUGACUGGGGGAAAUACAUGUGCGUUGUGCUGGAACUCAUCACAGGCGGCGAGCUGUUCGAGCGGGUUAUCGACGAGGACUUCGUGCUGACGGAGCGAGCCUGUACGGUGUUCAUGCGGCAGAUAUGCGAGGGCAUAGAGUUCGUGCACCGGCAGAACAUCUUGCAUCUCGAUAUGAAGCCUGAAAACAUCCUCUGCCUCACAAAAGCAGGGAACAGAAUAAAAAUCAUCGACUUUGGCCUCGCUCGUUUCUACGACCCGGAGAAGAAGCUGCAAGUGUUAUUCGGCACGCCGGAAUUCGUCGCGCCAGAAGUCGUCAACUUUGACCAAAUCGGCUAUGGGACUGACAUGUGGUCUGUUGGAGUUAUAUGCUAUGUUCUGUUAUCGGGUCUAUCACCUUUCAUGGGCGAUACUGACAUAGAAACGAUGGCCAACGUCACUAUAGCUAAAUAUGACUUCGACGACGAAGCCUUCAACGAAAUCUCCGAGGACGCAAAGGACUUCAUCAAAAAACUCCUCGUGAAAGACAAAGAGUCACGGCCGAGUGCUACGGAGUGCUUACGUCAUCAAUGGCUCAUCAAACGAUCUCCAGCAAAGAAGGACAAGCCUACGCAAGCACCACAGUCACCUAAACACGAGCUCGACGUUGCGAAGGACAACCUGAAGAAUUUCGUUGAACGAUGGAGCGAACAUCCGAACUCCCCUUAUGUGUUCGAUAUUCAAGCUCAAGAAAUCCUCUCCCUUGCUAACGGAAACUGUGAGAGAUCCUCCAUUGGUGGUUGUUCUCCAUCUCCAAGAAGUUCACUCAGCAGCUCACCUGAUAUAGUCUUUGAAGAAGAUGAUUUAGACCCACCACCCUUAAGAGAUCCAACUCACAAGACAAGAUACAAUCCAGUGGAAAGGAGAGCAUCGGACAGCAGUUGCUUCUUACACAAGAAACAAGACAUAUUCGUCAGAAAGAACUUAGCCGAAGAAAUAAAGAAGUUAUCAGAUCACUUAUUUAUGCUAUCCACAAUGAACACAGAUUUAACGAAUAACAACAGUAUGAAAGAAAAAGACAAAAACGUAACAGAAACUAAAACAUUUUCAAAGGAGGAUAAAAAAUUACCGAAUGGUUUCAAAAGAGAAAUAAAUUCAACUUUCACAAAAACUAUAUCUAACGGUAACGCGAGCAGUAUUGAGAAGAAGAUAUUCACAUCGAAGUCAACAAACAGAGUCAGUUCAGCAUUUCUUACAGAGAAAGAAUCUGAGAAACCGAUGACGAGUAAAAUGCCGUGGGUAAAAUCAGCUAGAUCGAAAAGGGUGACGACAACGAGCAGAGACGUACCAGAUCAGCCUUUGGAAAAACGUAACACAUUUUUCGUCGAAUUCGACAAAAGACGCGAAAGAAUAGACAAAUUAGUCAAUGGUUGUGAGAAUGGGAAACAGUUGCCUUACAAAAGAGGUGACGAGAACAACGCACAUAGAACAAAAGACUUGCUUCUCCAUCUUCUUGAAAAGUGGGGAGAAAGCGAUGAAUCGGAAGGUGAAAGAACUGCCGGAGGGACAUCGAAUAGCGGAAGACACCAGUCCAUAUCAUUAGAAUGGUCGCAAUCCAACCAGCUUGCGCAGAAUUCCAUGACAAGUAUACAAGCAUUCUUUGCGAGGCAAUCAUCCGAUGAAAAGAUCCAAAAGAAAAAUGGAAUAACAAAGAUUACGAAUCCUAAAUGAUUUUAAUAAACAAGCUCGGGAAUAUGUGCCAUGACGUUGUGUUGUUCAGAAAGAUUAGCUUCAGAGGCUAUUUUAAUGUCGUUUAUGUAAUGUACGUAACAGUUAUAAAAAGCCAUCGAACAGUGAUCGCAUAAAAUAUUUAAGCUCUAAUAAGGACUUCGUCUGUGUUGGUGUUAGCUGGCGGGUGUGCUCUGCCUUUUUGAAGUGUUUUUUUUUUU